CAGAGCUACUCCUCCAUCUGCCAAUUGCACCUUUGGCCGACGACACUCUCCUAUCCUCAACACAUAACGCGCUAUUUUUCGAGCUUGCCAUUCCUUGCGUCGCGAGAUGGCUCCUCAAAACUCACAUCCUCCUUCGUUACCUCCAACGGUCGAGGAAGCCUACCGACGAAAAUGCAUUCAGCUAAAAGAACGAUCAAAAGAGAUUGAGGACGAGAAUGACGCGUAUAGACUACGACUUUCCAGACUCAAGCGGCAGAUCCAGAAACUACGCCUCGAACGAGCUCUGCUCUUGGAUCAGAUCUCAAAACGCACAAGCACCAACGUUGAAGAUUCAGAAGGCAGUCCUAGCCCCCCACCCACUCCGCAAGACAAACCGCUUCGGACGAAACGAGGUCAUCGUAAGCCAUCUCUUUUACCCAGCAACGAUGGCGGAAAUACAUUGGGUGCAACGUUCAUCAGCCAACACCUCAAGACCCUCUCGCCCAGCUCAGAUGGUUUCUCACACUCGCAAUUAGAAUCACAAAAGGAACAUGGCCGUGCUACCAAUGGGAUGGCCAAGCCACCAAAACGUCCUAGUAACGCAUUCGAGAUCUACUGUAACGAUACUCGACCCUUACUCCAGGCACAGCACAAGGAUGCGAUCGCGGCUGGCGAGUUCCGAAUUGAAGAAGAGUUGGCGCGUGGCUGGAAGGAUCUCGCGGAGAAGGAGAAGGAAGAAUUCCAAGCACGGUAUGAACGAGAGCUCAUUCAGUGGAAGGAGGCUCGAGAGAGCUUCAAGCAGGGCGUUAAGGAUGCCGCUGCGCGAUCGCGCGCCCGCGAAAGUCGGACUGGCCGUGGUGGCCGACAUCGAUUCUCGGAGGUCCACGACGAAGAAGAUGCAGAUGAUGACCAGGAUGUUGAGAUGGCUGAGGCAGAGCCUGAACCUGGCGCCGAGCAAGAUUCGGAUCCGGAGACUGAGGUUGACCACGACGCUGCGGAGUAGAAGUGGAGCGCGUGGAAAGACCAAAAUCGUCGGUGGAGGUAGGGGGCACCAAACAACCGAACGCUUCAUCUCUAGGGACUGAGAUGUUUUCAAAACUGCAAGAGUUGCGGCGCGUAAUUUGCAUUUCAAGUAUUACCCAGGUUAUGUUAUAAAAGGCGUUGGGCAAGCAAGGCAUUGGCUCUGGCUCUGGGAAUGGACAUACUUUCUUUGCCCGACACAAGAGGAAGGAAAGAACGAAGAUGCUGUAACAAUAUUAUUAAGAUUCAUCAGAUGGCGUG